GGUUCGGAGCAUUUUUUACUACCACGGUUAUUGCCACAAAUCAAGAGGGCAAAGUGAACGGCAUGGGACUCGCACCGGCUUUAACGAACUCUGGUCCGAUUCGUGCGUCCGCGACGUUCACGGCCGAGAGCUGCACGUGCAGAUGAUACACGGGCAGGGCCAAUGGGGGACACGGUUUUGUAGGUAAACCUCGAGCGUGAAGAGGUUCGGUUGCUUUUGCAGACCCACAGCCAAACUUAGCACCAAUAACAACAAUGACAAGCCUGUCGAGGUUUAGUGGCUGCCCUCUUUCUUGCGUCAACCCUGGGGAGAGCAAUACUGAACCCAGUGUGGUGCUGCCACCUUUGGCAGGGGAGCACAUGGGGCACCCCACUGGCACUUCCUUAAAACUCUGCCCCUCGCACAGUCUGCGAGACUACCCCGAGACGAGGGCCACUGCGUAUGUUGACCACUCCAUCCCCCAUUUUCCAGACACUGGAUACACCAGCCACCGCUUAGAAGCCAGUCCUAGGGGCAUUAUCAUUGGGACAGGUCUGUCAGGAGCAGGUAUGCCACCCGUAGCCGAUCAACUGGCGCCGAGACCCAACCAACAUGGCGCUAUUGGGAGGCACCGUGACUUCCACGGCUAUAGAGAUGGCAGAAGCCACGCGUUCUUCGCCACCUACCAAGAGCAGGCCCACGGCUCCGCGGACGCCGCGCGAGACCUCAGCAGCCAGGUCAUGCUGGGUCUUCCAGGAGAGAUCCUCUCGCGCGCGCACCCGUACGGCCAGGCGCACGGCGGCCCUCGGGCCAACGGCCAGCAACUGGUCACCCAGUUUUUGGGGCUCUACAAGCCGCUGAACAUGGCCGUGCAGCGGGGAGGGGGCGACGCGUUCCUCAGGUGCUCCAGGCAGAACCUCGCGCACGAGCUGGUGUGCAAGUGGCGGGACGGCCAAGAAGGCGCUGGCAAGCCGCCAUGUGCCAGGACCUUCGGGACCAUGUACGAACUUGUCACACAUGUGACGAUCGAGCAUGUCGGGGGACCAGAGCACUCCGACUACGUGUGCCACUGGGAGAACUGUCCCAGGGACAGGAAGCCCUUCAAAGCCAAAUACAAGCUGGUCAACCACGUCAGAGUGCACACGGGGGAAAAGCCCUUCCCCUGCCCUUUCCACGGAUGUGAGAAAGUUUUCGCCAGAUCCGAAAACCUCAAGAUUCACAAGAGAACGCACACAGGUGAGAAACCGUUUAAAUGCGAGUUUGAGGGCUGCACUCGGAGGUUCGCGAACAGCAGUGACCGGAAGAAGCACUCGCACGUGCACUCCAGCGAUAAGCCCUACACGUGCAAGGUCAGAGGCUGCGAGAAAUGUUACACGCACCCCAGCUCCCUGAGAAAGCACAUGAAACUCCAUUGCAAGGCCUACGUUGGCAAAAUGGGCGAGGACGGGGAGCACCUUGGCCGGGCCGGCUCUCCCGAGGUGACCGAACAGCAGGACGCGUCCUCCCUGCCACCCGUCUCCUCUCAAGAGCCCCCGUCCCCCGAGGCCCUGAGCGAGCCGGCCCUGAGGCCUCGCUUCCAUCACACGUUUGACAACAGCUUGGACUACACGGCGCACAGGCCGCAGUCCCUUCUGGACCCUUUGCUGAUACAUCGGGGCAAUUACAGACCCGAAACUGGCCAGUACCCGUGUAGCCAAGUGAGCCCCACUCUCGCCCCUAGCCACAGGACAUUCUCACCCCACUCACCUUUCCAAAAGAGUCUCGUGAACGGUUGGUACACGUGCCAUGGGGGUGUGGAGACUUUCUCAUCCAAGCAGUGUAAUAAUGAUGUAUGAUGUGCGGUCGUGAGAGUGGGGGGAGGGGGGAGGGGGGGG